GAAUAGAGGCGGUGGGUGCAGCACCGAUGUGUGCCCCAUCCGGAGCAGCGGGGGCCGGGGGCGCCGCGGCCGCUCCCCGCUGGAGCAGCGCACGGCUUUCCCCUGGGACGCGGUGGGAUCCGCUGGCCUUCAGCUGACACCCCUGCCUAGAGUCUGCGUUUGGCUUUGGUGUAAAAUAAAUGGGUGUCGCUUCAUUACCAUGAUUUGAGGGAGAAAAAAAAAAAAAAAAGAAGAAUUUACGUGUUUCUGGGGAUGAUUCCUAACCCUUUCAGCACUGAUCUUAAAUGAUGCUUAAGAUCCACGCCGCUGGAUUGCGGCCUGCCCGGGGUGAUGAAGGCUCUGGGCUGCCUGGGACACCUCUUCUGGCAUCUCCUGCGUGCCCGAGGCCGCUCCUUGUGCUGAUCUCUGCCGGGGACACGCGGGUGGCUGUGCCGAGCCUGCUCCUUGGAGCAGAGCAGGGAAACAUUCCCUGCCUGACUCCCACCCUGUGCCCCCUUGACAGGAACCAGAAACUUCAGGAACGGCCAAAACAAUCUCCUCGACAUUUAUUAGCACGUGUUAUUAUCCGUUGGUUUAUUGAUAGGCACAGACAAGGCAGAUGAUGAUGAAAUUAAUGAGUGAAAAUGAUACAUUAAAAAACAGUGGCUGUAAAACACUGUCGUGGUCUAAAAUCCUCUUAAGAAAUUAGUUCCUUGUGGUUCACAUGUAUUUUGUGAUUGAAUUGCCAGGUCAAAUUUACUAAUGUGCUUGUUGAAAGCUGCUGCAGUUUAAAAAAGGGGGGAGGUGAAAUAACCUCCUGUGCUAUUUCCCAGUCCCAAAUUCAUUAUGAUCUGGGACUGAGAUGGGCAGCUCUGGACUGGAUUCCUGCUUUGGUCAAGUUAAUUUCUAAACUUUGUUACACAAAUCAUGCAGCCCAUUUUUCCAUCUAGUAACUGACAAAGGUAUGAGGAGCUAGUAAAGUUAGGAGAAACUGCACUUACUCAUUUUUGUAAAAUAUAAUAUUUUAAAAAAUACACUUGCUUUUCUGUCUUAGAGAAAGAUGGUUGUGCUUUAAGUGUUUUUAUUUCAUCAUAUAUAUGACAGCACUGUAUGUUAAUAAAGAUGCUUUUAAAACUGUCCUUUAUCUUAGCUGGAGAAAAUGAUGAAACUUUAGACUUCAGUGCUUCUCUGCUACUAUUCUGCUUUUCUAUUUUUUCUUGCUGCUAAUUGGAUUAAAAGCUCUUUUGACUUCUAUGGCAUCCGGUCUCGGUACAGCCACUUAGAGAAGAUGACAGAUUUGGUGGCUGUUUGGGAAGUAGCUUUAAGUGAUGGUGUUCAUAAGAUUGAAUUUGAACAUGGGACCACUUCAGGAAAGCGUGUUGUCUAUGUUGAUGGAAAGGAAGAAAUAAGAAGAGAAUGGAUGUUUAAAUUAGUGGGUAAAGAAAUAUUCACCGUUGGAGCUACUAAAACUAAAGCUGCUAUUAACAUUGAUGCAGUCGGCGGCUUUGCCUAUGAAUAUACUUUGGAGAUCAAUGGAAAGAGUCUCAAGCAGUAUAUAGAGAACAGGUUAAAAACAACCAAUACUUGGAUAUUGAACUUGGGAGGUACAGACUAUAGAAUUGUUCUAGAAAAAGACACGAUGGAUGUGUGGUGCAACGGUCAAAAAAUGGAAACAGCGGGUGAAUUUGUGGAAGAUGGGACUGAAACUCAUUUUACUGUUGCUGACCACAGCUGUUGCAUUAAGGCUGUCAGUAGUGGGAAACGAAAGGAAGGAAUUAUUCAUACCCUUAUUGUGGACAACAGAGAAAUCCCAGAGGCUGUGGAAUAGCCUCUGGUUAACUGAUUAUAGUAGGACUAAGAUCAGGAAUUUUCAAUUACUGUGGUAAUUAUUUUAAUAUGUACUACUUGGUACAUCUAGUUUGUGCUGGGUUUAUUUUCUAGUUUCUGUACACAGAAUUAUUCUUUUUGAGGACCAGAUGAAAAUAAUUAUGUACAAUGUCUUACAUUACCAGUUUUUAAAAAAGCUAUAUAUAUCUAGAAUAUAUAGCAUAUUACUAUGUGUGGAGAACACUGGUGAAAUAGAAAUUAUACAUCAGGAAAAAAUGCUGUAAUAAAACUAAAGAUAAAUAUUCAGUAACACUGAAUCCUUAACUACAGGUGUAUGUGGAGGGAAGAGAAAGCCUAUACUGAGCACAGGAUUAAGAUGUUGAAAGCUUUCUCUAUAAUUAUUUUUCUAUUAACCUGACUACAGACCUUUUCACAUGCAGUUAAGGGUAGUUACAUAGUUAAUAAAGAGGUUAAUAAUGAAAUACAUAGUUACCAAAACUUGUGUUACAGUAUUAAAUUAAUACUGAGUUAUGAAAACUGUUCUCUAUUCCCACUAGGAGCAAGAUGUUACAUUGUGCCAAAAAACCCAUUCCUUUAGGUGUUCUGAAAACUGAUGCUGUAGUUCAUAAACUAUAGAAGACAGUAGAAAAAAAAAAACCUCCUGCUAUGAAACCUCUUUAAAAAUGGUCUCUUGAAGCAUGCUGAUGUAAGAACUUACCUCUGUUCACUGCUAACAAAUCUUAAAUCUACAAAUAUGUGUUUUCAUGGCAGUAAUGUGUGAAUCAAAAAUAUGAGGAAAAGGGGAACAGAAAUGGAAAAUAAUUAGUUACUUUAAUGGAAUAGUUAAAAUAGGAAUAGACUAAUUCUGUUUUCAGAAUUGCAGCAUAAUUUCCAAUGUCAACCUUUGGAUUUCUUGAGAACAAAACUCAUGUGUUAGACUUACAAUACAAAACUACCCUUUGCAACUGCAAGCACAGCUAAUCUUAAAAAUAAUUAUUAAAAAACCUAAAAUAUUAAUAUAUUAAUCUAAAAGUUUCUUUUGUAAUGGUUAAAAAAAAUCCACUUGUAACCUCAAAAUUCAGAAUUAAACUUUUGUAACUUAAUUUUUUUUGGACUUGUGAGUGGUUCCUAGCACUACAACUACUAGCUCAAGAGUUGCAGGUGCAGUACAAGCAUCCUGGGAACCCAUUAACAAAUUAUUUUGAAAAGUUUUAUUAAAUGCUAAUUUCAUCUGUGUUUUAGAGAUCAGGCUGCUCCCCAUCAGCAGGCUUUACUGGAGGAAGUUUCCAUGUACCCAAGUGCUGGACUGAAUCCCCUUUUACACUGGAAUUACUGUAACAGCCCUUGGGCUUUUCCGUGUAUUUGCUUCACAUCACUGCAGAAGUAAUGGGGGGGAUACCUGGCUACAAGGCUGACAAUGUAAUCUUUAAAAGAUGUUGGUAAAGGUAGAUUAAUUGAAAAAUAAUUUCAAGCUGUAGCUUGAACCAGUUCUCUACUAUUUUGUAGCCUUUCAAAGAGAUAGAAUGUUGCUGAGAAGUCUGAAGCUCAUGUACAGUACAAAUCACAUUCUUAAGACUAUAGAAAAAUACAAGUUAACAGAUAGUGACAUUCAUACUUUUUAUUUUGAAUAUGUGUAUCUACAAUGCUUGAAGUAAGUAAUAAAAACAGUAUAGCAACCACUGUAAGAAAUCAUGAA